AUGAAAACGAUUCACAAAAUUAGGAUUACGGCUAGUUUAGGACAAAUUAAUUACCCGCACGUCCCUUAUUUUCGAUCUCACACGGUUGUACCGAAUCUUCAACACAUCACUACCGAAUAUCUCGAUGAUAUUAUAAACUCUGUCCUAACGAACGACGAAAGGAAUAAGUACGAGUCAAAGCUUUUUCUUCCGCUCUACGACCUCAUAUUUCCUAGUAGUCGUCCGAGACGUACUACGAAACGUUAUCAAAAUAGUUUUAUAAUCUUUCGAAAAGAUUACCAGGCAAGGGUGAUAGCGGAGUGUGGUCCAAAAAUAGGGUCAAAACUUAAAGAGAUCUCUCAAAGGGCGAGUCUAAUGUGGGGAAAAUGUUCUCCAGAGGACAGAUAUAUGUACGAUCAGAUUGCAAUGUGCACUAAAAAAUUGCACAAUAAAUUGUGGCCAGAUCAUAAUGUUUAUAAAUCCACGCGAAAACAUAAUGGUCACUAUGGUAAUUACGGUUAUGGAGAAAUUACCAAAGGAUGCUCGGCAAUGUUUUUCAAAAAGCAACCGAAUAAUUUUCCCUCCGUGAAUAACGACAGUUCGCACUGCGCGAGUAGAAUUCCUGAAAAUCAAAAUUUCAUUCAAAUGUUCAGCGAACCAACUUCUAACAUGACUUCAAAUGUAAAUUCUCGUAACGAUACCAUCAAAUCAAUAGAACGCAAUCUGUCUAUGUCACAAUUGAAAGUUAAUUGCCUAUCUUCCUAUGACAGGUUGCUAGUUGACUCGGUUAACAGAAAU